GGAGCAAUUUUCUAGAUAAACCCCAGCCGCUUUUAGAAUUCAUUUAAUUUUCAAGACCCAAAAAGUAACGAAAAGUCAAACUUACCUUUACCUUUUUUUUUGGGUCUUAGUCGGCUGUUUGUAUUUCUUCUUCUUUCUCUCUUUUUUUUUUUUUAUUUCACCGUUGGCCCUAUCUUUUGACUUUCUCCAUUCUUCAUAAAAUCCCUUAAUUUUCAAAAACAAAUCCCAAAAAUCAAGGACUUUUUGAAAAUUAAAGAAUUAACUUUACCUUCUUCAUCUUCACGGGCCACCAUCACCACUGACUUGUCUUUUUCAUUUUUUUCUUUUGCUUCUCUCGCCGGCUGCUACUCCUUUUUCUUUUAUUCACCAAACAUCUUCAUCUAUUUCAACCCAUCUUUUAACAUUUAAGCUUCUCCCAGUCAUUACUGGCCCCUUUUUUUCAUUUUUUUUUUUAUACUUCCCCAGAUCCACCCAAAACAGCAACCCACUUCCUUCAACUUUCAAGAUCUACUGCCGGCUGCACUCUCUUCCUUUGCUUGUCCAAAUCUGCACCCAUACUCAGUGAUCUGCUUGGCUUGUGUCCGGUGGCCCAGUACUGAACAGCCUUCCCUUGCCAAAAUUAUUUCCAUGGCUCGUGAUUGAGAAGAACAAUCCAUGCCAACCAGAUCUGCUUCCAUGGUCGGUUCAAAGGUCACUCAUUGCUUAAAAUCACCCCCACCAGAUUUGGUUAUACUCUUUCAAAACCAAAAUCUUCAAGAUGAUGUGAACCGGGUACUCCAGCAACAAAAACCAUGCCAUUCAAAUCAAAAUUUCGUACCUCAUAAAAAAUCUCAGAUUUUGGGUCUUUAUUUUGUGUUUCAUCUGCCAGCCUCUCUUGCCUCCAUUUACCCACAACCCAAAGAACAUCUUCUCUCUUUUCAGGUAAAACCUGACUGGAAUAAAUGGAUUAGCUCUUUUGGAGCUUGGCCAGUUUGGAGGAAAUCAGAAUGGGUGGACUGGAUUGAUCGUCUGGAACUUGAUUUUGGCUAAAUUUGGAAAGAUGUGGGUUUAUUUGAAUUUAUACAACUCACCAAAUGCAGAUUCACUAUGGAUAAGCUGGUCUUGGGUUUGGCUUUGUUAUUUUGGUUUGGCUCUUUCAACUGUUUCAUUUUCUCUAUGGAGCCAUGUUUGUGAGCCUUUUUUAUGUCAGUUCGUUAACUGGAUUGCCCUGCACUAGAGAAAAAAUUUCAGCACUAUUGACCUUGCCUCCAGGUGUUGAGUACAAUGCAGAGUUGAAGUCCUCUUAUCCAGUUUUUAUGAGGUCUACCUAUGAUAAAACCCGGGAUCUGCUCACUUACGUCUUUAUGUUUAAGAAUGUCGUGGAGAACAAGAGAAGCUUUGAAGAGUGCCUCAAGUUUUUUGCUUCUCUUUCUAUCGAUAGACUUGAUGCAGACUUUGUUGUGUUUCUAGGCAGAUCUCACGGUCCUUCAUGGUACGGGGCUGAUGUCAAAUCCCCAGAUUUUCGAGCAUUUUGGUCUGUUUGUGUGACCUCCCGAGAUCUGUUUGUUGGCUGUAGUUUGAACACUCUCAACUCCAGAUGCGGCAUGGAGCUCUAUGCACCGAACCAAUUCUGUCGGCAGCUAGGAUACUGCCAAGACAUACCAUUCCUGCCACUAUUCUCCUUCAACCAUAGCUAUCCUCUUCGAUUUAUGAUUUGGGAUUCAAAGAUUUUGAUUACCAAGCUUACUGACAUCACAAACACUCUAUAGACAAUGAUCUUGCCAAACCCUCCAUUCCGACCGAGAUGCACUUCUUCCUAUAGAAAUUGGUGGCGAGACUACUUCCAUCCUCGGUUCCUCGGUGUUAUGGACAAUAUUUUUGUUCUGGUUCCUCCACCACUCACCAAAAAAUUUGAAUAGAAGAAAGUUGUAAAGGAAAG